AUGUUCUUCAAGGUUUUCUUCGCCGUCGUUUUCUGUUUCGCUUUGACUUCUGCUCUUCCGAUUAUCGGGGGUUUCGGAGGAAGUCUUCCAAGUCCCGUUGGAGACACUAUCAAGCGAAUCAGUGACCUGGAUUCUAUUAUCGCUCAAAUUCCUAUUCGACUUCCACGACUUCCAACAACUCCACCAGCUACAACGUUUCCUUCACCAGCUUAA